AUGGCCUCUAAUGUAGUAGUCUACACUGAUGAGAAAUGGGUAAUAGAUAUUUGCAAAAAUCUUCUACAUGAAGUGGAACAAAACACACAUGAUGAAAUCAUAGUAAGUGUGUCACAAGUCCCCAAAUCCUUAAGAUCCUCAAAUCCAGAAGCUUUCAUCCCUCAAUUUAUAGGACUUGGUCCUUAUCACCAUUACAAAUCUGAUCUCAUCAUGAAUGAUAAAUUGAAACUAGAUUCAUCCAAAAGAGCUCUCAAACACCUCUUUCACCACUUUGACACAAAAACUCUCCAACAUCGUCUUGAAUCAAUCCUCUCACAUUCACAUAUUCAAGCUUUCUACCACAUUGAUAUAGCUUCCAAAUACACUUAUCAAACCCUCUUAUACUUGCUCACUAUUGAUGGCUUAUUCUUGUUGGGCUUAUUGCAUAGAGCUUUAACAGCAAAACCUCAACAAGAUCAACAAUACUCUUACUUCUUAACCGGAAAACAUGGUAUUUUCAUGGUCAACUCUGCUGGCGUAGAGAUGACCAUAAAUUUUAUCGUAAGAGAUGUUUUUAUGCUUGAGAAUCAAAUUCCAACUUAUUUUCUUAAGAAAGUCCACGAAGCCGUUGUCACCAUAACUAGUGAUGAAAUUGAAUCAUCUCGAGAAAAGGAAGCUCAUCAAAAUCUUGGACCAUCCAUGAGGUUAUUUUGUGAAUCACUUUGUCCAUUUCUUCAUGAAUUUCAACUCACCAAAAAUCCAGAAGAUCAUGCACAUUUGUUGGAUCUAAUGUAUCAUUUGAUUGUACCAAAUCAUUCUGAUCACGAACAACCUCUCGAGUCUAUUCUAAAUCCCGAACCCAAAUCCAAACCCGAGUCACAAUCUGUAUCUGAGUCUAAGUCAAAACCACAAUCUAAGCUUGAGUCAGAGUCUUCGUCCAAACCUCAAUCCGAGUCUGAGUCUAAGCUCAAGCCGCAGUCUGAUAAUGAGGUAAAGUCUGAGCCUCAAAAUCAACCUAAUGACAAAAAAGAAGUAAGUUAUGCAUGUUCUAUCUUCAUCACCUUUCUUGCAUUUUUUGUGGCUAUUUUCAUUAUAAUAGGUUUUAUUAUAAAGUUCAUUUUCACCAUAUUUUUUUGGAUGUUAAAAACUUUAUUUAGUUUCAUUAAAUGGGCAUUACGCCCAUUAGUGAAUCUAUUCAAUUUCAUCAACCCUUUUGUUGAGGUGAUAUAUGAUUUUUUAUCAAAGAACGAAACAAGAUUUUCCUACAUAAAACCAUGGACAAAAAUCGUCGGAGAAAUUAAGAAAACAAGUGAAAACAUUAGAAAAGAAGAUUACUCAACAAAUUGGGACAGCAACAUGUCAAAUGUAACCAUCCCAUCUGUAACAGAACUUCACAAUGCUGGAAUCAAAUUCCAACCGUCGGAUAAAACUGGAAAUGGAAUCUCAUCCAUUGAUUUCGAUGAAAUUAAGUGUCAAUUUUACUUACCCGUCAUCAAACUAGACUCAAAUUCAGAAGUAAUCAUAAGAAAUCUCAUGGCUUAUGAAUCAUUGAUUAAAUCCAAAGGGUUAAUUUUCACAAGGUACAUUGAAUUAAUGAGAGGUAUUAUAGACACUCCAGAAGAUGUGAAACUAUUGAUUAAUGAGAAAAUCAUUGAAACUGAAAUGAGUUAUGAAACUGUUGCACAACUUUUUAAAGGGUUGAUGGGAAAAUCUAUUAGGCCAAUAAAGGUUCAAAAUUUGGAUAAAGUGAUUAAAAGGGUGAAUGCGAAAUACAAAAGUAGUCAAGCUCAAAAAAUGGCUAUGAUUAAAUAUAUGUCUUCUUAUGGGAAAAUGUUGACAGCUUUGGCAGCUAUUGUGUUUUUGGUAUUGACUGCUGUGCAAACAUAUUGCUCUGCUUUUGGUUGUGCUAGUAACUCAAAUUAUAAGGGAUCAUCCUCAAUGCAUCAAGAUGGAGAAUAUGUUAGUAAUGUUUUUAUGAGUUCAAUGUAA